ACAAAAGCUGUGCUCUGUGCCAUUAAUAAAUCUGGAAAUAGCCUAUUACAUCUCCCGCUGCAUGAAAGAUACAAAGAGACAAAGAGACAGUUGCAUCAAAACUGGCCUGGAGAGACCAUGGUGGUUGCAAAAGUCACCUUCCCUCUGUUCCUCUUGGCUCUCCAGUGUCUCAGCCUCUCACAUGGUCAGGACGACCUCACCAUCCUUACAGAUAAAGGCAAAGUCCGGGGAAUCCACAUCCCGGUGCCAGGCGGUUCUGUCUCUGCCUUUCUGGGGAUCCCUUAUGCUGAACCCCCCGUGGGGGACCUCCGCUUCAGAAGGCCCACGCCGCACAAGGCGUGGUCAGGGGUGCGGCAGGUGACGGAGCUUCCUAACAGCUGCUACCAGAACGUGGAUGUGUCAUUUCCAGGGUUUCCUGGGGCAGAGAUGUGGAACCCCAACACAAGGAUGAGCGAGGACUGCCUGUACCUGAACGUGUGGGCGCCCUCUCCAAAACCUCGUGCUGCGCCUGUGAUGGUGUGGAUCUAUGGAGGGGGCUUCUCCACGGGUUCUGCUUCCCUGGAGGUAUAUGAUGGGCGGUUCCUCAGUCAUGCUGAGGGUGUAGUGGUUGUGGCGCCAAACUACAGGUUAGGGGCACUAGGCUUCCUGGCUCUGCCUGGCAGCCAGGGUGUGAUGGGCAACGCGGGGCUGUACGACCAGAGAAUGGCACUGCAGUGGGUCGCCAACAACAUCGCCGCCUUUGGUGGUGACCCGCGGUCCGUCACGCUAUUUGGAGAGAGCGCUGGUGCUGCUUCAGUCAGCUUCCAUGUCGUGUCCCCAGGGAGCCAUGCCCUGUUCUCCCGGGCCAUCCUCCAGAGUGGCAGUGUCAACGCCCCCUGGGCAGCAGUCCCGCUGAGUGAGGCCUGGAACAGGUCCCUGACCCUGGCCGGAUUGCUGGGCUGUCAGCUGGGGAGUGAUGCUGACCUGGAGGCCUGCCUUCGUGGCGUGGAGCCAGAGGAGAUUGUGAGCCAACAACACAGUGUUCUUGAGGAGCCCCUGCCCGUGGGAUCAACUUUUGUCCCAACGGUGGAUGGGGACUUUCUUGCCGACUUACCGGAAGUGCUGAUCCAGUCUGGCCAGUUUAAGAAAACUGAGCUUUUGCUGGGGGUGAACAAAGACGAGGGGACAUACUUCCUGGUUUACGGGGCUCCAGGUUUCAGCAUUGAGCAUGAGAGUCUGAUUGCCAGAGACAAACUCCUGCAGGGGGUCAGAUUGUUCCUCCUGGGGCUCAGUGACAUUUCCCAGGAGGCGGUGGUCUUCCAUUACACAGACUGGACCGAUGAGUUCAAUGGCGAGAAAAACCGCGAUGCGCUGAACCACAUCAUUGGAGAUUACUACUUCAUCUGCCCCCUGCUGGAGUUUGCGCAGAGGUUCGUCAAUGUUGGCCACACAGCCUUCCUGUACUUCUUUGAUCACCGGUCCUCCAGGAAUGCCUGGCCACGGUGGAUGGGGGUGAUGCACGGAUAUGAGAUAGAGUUUGUUUUUGGUAUGCCACUCAACAGAAGUCUGGGCUACACAAAGGAAGAGGAGGCAAUGAGCAGGAAGAUCAUGAAGCACUGGGCCAACUUUGCCAGAACCGGGAACCCAAAUGUGCCGGGAUCAGCGGCAUGGCCGGCGUUCACUGCCGGGACGCAGGAGUACAUCUCGCUGAACUCAGACCAGCUGAGAACCCACAGGAGGCUGAGAGCCCUGCAUUGUAAAUUCUGGGACAGUUUUCUCCCCAAACUCCAGGAUAUGACAGUGAGUAUUGAUAAAGUGGAGCUUCAGUGGAAGACCCAGUUCCACCGCUGGCUCUCUUACAUGUUGGACUGGAAGAAUCAAUUUAAUGACUACAGCCUCAGAAAGAACCAGUGUGGAAUGGCCUAACUGUAUGUGUGUGUAUGUUUGUUUGUCUGUAUUUUAAGUGUAUAACUCCUGACAAUCGUUGGUGUGGAAGGGUCCUU